GCUUUUGGUGAAAGCUUCAAUCAAAAGCAACAGUUCGAUUUGAGUCGAAGUCGAGUUUCACUUUUAAGUUUUGGCGGAAGCAUCAACGGAUUGCUCACAUCCAAAAUAGAAAUAAACGAACAAAACCAGCUGUUAAUAAAGGCCUAGUUUAAACUAUUUUCCCGCAAAAUGCAAUUGAGUAAAAUAUUAUUGCCUCAUUGGAGGAAGUUCAAUCAAGUACAAGUUACCAGAAAAUUGGCAAUCAAAAAUAGGAAAUUAAGUGUUGACUAUUUUGCGCCAUUGUUGAAAAACGAAACUUUCACUUUAAUGCAACAGCAGCAACAACAACAAAUCAGUUAUCAACAAAUACCCCGGAGAUGGGCGACAACUUCAGCAAUUCAUUCAACGACAACCAUAACAAAAGCGGCCAAACCAUCUCCUCCGAAGCAUGAUUGGAAUAGGGCUGUAAGCGAAGCAGAACGUAUUGUGGGAUAUCCAAAUUCCUUUCUAAGCCUGCGAUGGCUACUCAGCGAUGAAAUUGCCAACGUAGCCCUGUAUUUGCGAAAAUUGGUUGGUAGCAAUCAUCCUCUCUUAAAGACGGCCAAAGGACUUUUAUAUAAUGGCAAAAAUACCACGCAAGCUUGGAGUUUAAUUGUGCUGCUGAUUUCUAAGGCUGCUGGUCAUGCCCCAUCCGUACCAGACAUGGAACAGGAUAAAAGUGCUGGUGUCCUGCACAGUCAAAGAGUUUUGGUUGAGGUAACAGAAAUGAUACGCAUUUCUCACUUGGUACACAAUAGCCUGGUCAAUUUGCAAAGAUGUACCAAGGCUGGUCAGGAUUCCACAUCAUACGAUGACAUGACUGUUGGCAAUAAGAUUGGUCUUCUAGUAGGCGAUUACCUGUUAAGUUAUUCCAGUGUGGAAUUGGCCGAUUUAAAAAAUCAGAUUGUAGUGGGCCUUAUUUCCUCAGCUGUCAGAGACUUUUCCGAAUCCGUGUUUAUUGGAGAGCGUGAUGAGCAAAAUAAUCCUUUGCCGUCAAAGCCAGGCACUGUAUAUCCACACACCAAUAGCCCAGCCUGCACUGUCGACAUCGACUAUGAUGCUGAGGACAUACUCAAACCCAUGAAUAUAGUCAAACUCAUAGGCAAUCCAGAGAAGGAAUGGGUAGCUCGUAAUAUGUUAAAUGUUGGUAGCUUGCUGAGUAAAUCUUGUCUGGCCUCAUUGCAAUUAGCCGAGCAGAGCGAGUAUUUACAAAAAAAAGCCUAUCUGUUUGGCAAGCACUUAUCGUUAGCGUGGCAGGCCUGUUUGGAUGCAGAACCCUUUCAGCUAACUUCUCUUCCAUAUGAUACCUCAUUCAGUCUAGUAAGCGCUCCCGUUUUAUUCCACUUAGAGUAUGAUCCCAAACUUUACGAUGAAAUUGAAAAGGGCAAAGUUUGUGUGGAUAACGUUGAUUACGUCAAAAUACAUCAGGCAAUUUUGCAGGGACCUGGCUUGGAGAAAACAAAACAACUGCAACGCAAGCACACGACGGCGGCACUUCAUGUUUUAGAAAGUUUUCCAAACAAUGAUGCUAGAAAAGCUUUGGAAAAUAUAAUUAUAGCCAUGCAGGAUUUGUAGGCAAUAUAAAUAUAAUAAGUUAACAAACAGGUAGCUAUUGCUCAAAAACAUUUUUAACUACAUUUUUAGCGGGUAUUUAAAGUCCUAAUUAUCGAUUAUGCAGGCCCGAUAAGUAACGCAUUAAGCACUGCUAUGGAGUCCUUUUUGUAAAAAAUUUGUUUCCAUUUUAAUUCCAUGGUAUUGCAUGGAAAUAUCUUCUGAGGUGGGGCGAUUUAGGAGCUUUAAAGUUCUUGCCUUGAUUGUUGGGAUAUUUCUUAUUAAUUCAGCGGCAUAACUCUUUCUUACUGCCCAUGCAACAAAUCAAUUUUUAAAUCACAAAUCACAAAUCAGGUCACAUGAGUGGAGUUUAAUGCAACAGAGGAAUGCAGUGUCUUGAACCCAAAUUCGAAAUGUAUUGUUUUAGUUUAAGAAUAUAUUACAAAUUUUCAUAUUUUUAUUUGAUAUUACUGCGUAUAUCAACUUUUAUUGACGUUUAAUUUUUUUUGUUUCUAUUAAAAUUCGAAACAUUUUUGUAGUUAAGUGUACAACAAAAAUGUUCUACAUACCUAUAUACAUAUAAAUUUAUAGUAUAUAUACAAAGUUUAUACAACAA